AUGACGUCGAAUGAUAGUUUGAUUACAGCAGCUUUCUCAUCAUUGCUUGGACUUUCAACAUUGAAGACUUCAGCUCCAGCGGUUACGGUUGAUCCUCUCAAAAUCUUUCCAUGGGCUGUUCGAAUUACCGAUAUAACAUUCACAAUUUAUAUAAAUCAUGGAAGCAAAGAAAUACCAUUGCAAGUUUUAAAGACUGACACUAUUAAAAGUCUGACGUUGGAACUUCAAGAAAAAGAAGGAAUACCACUCGAUCAACAGAUAUUACUGUUCAACUGUCAAGUAUUGAAGGACGACAGAACAUUCGAAGAUUAUACUAUAAGGAAUGAAUCUGUCCUAUAUCUUCAUCGUCGAUUAUAUGAUAACCUACUGUUUGUCAAAACUUUAACUGGAAAAAUGAUUAUGAUAGACGUGGAACUGAGCGAUACUAUCGAAAAUGUAAAAGCUAAAAUUCAAGACCAAGAAGGAAUUCCACCGGACCAACAGCGACUGAUUUUUGCUAACAAACAAUUGGAAGACGAACGAACGCUCAGUGAUUAUAAUAUUCAAACAGAAAACACACUUCAUCUUGCCCUUCGACUACGAGGAGGCUGGCAGAUGUUUGUCAAAAGAUUGAAUGGACAAACGAUAACACUGGAAGUAGAACCGAGCGACACCAUCGAAAAUGUAAAAGCUAAAAUUCAAGACCAAGAAGGAAUUCCACCGGACCAACAGCGACUGAUUUUCGAUGGCAAGCAAUUAGAAGACGGACGCACACUGAGUGAUUAUAAUAUUCAAAAAGAGAGCACAUGUCACCUUAUUCUUCGCUUAUGUGGGGAGGAUAUGCUGAUCUUUGUCAAAACUUUAAUUGGACAAACGAUAAUACUAGAAGUCGAACCAAGCGACAUCAUCGAAAAUGUAAAAGCUAAAAUUCAAGACAAAGAAGGAAUUCCAACGGACCAACAGCGACUGAUUUUCGAUGGCAGGCAAUUAGAAGACGGACGCACACUGAGUGAUUAUAAUAUUCAAACAGAAAACACACUUCAUCUUGCCCUUCGACACCGAGGAGGCGGGCCGAUGUGUGUCAAAAGAUAUACAGUGGUACUAAGACCAAGUGGUCUUGCUCUGUCUAUUACGGAUCAUGAUUCUAUCGGUGAUAUUAAACGUCUUAUUCAAGAACAACUGAAUAUUCCGAUAAAAAAUCAAGUACUGUUCAUGCAUAACGAAUUCCAAAAUAAUAAUCAAAGAACAUUUUCCGAUCCAAAAUCAAACGAAGAGGUAUUUGUAAUCGACAAUAGGAAUAAUACUCUCAUUAUUGCUGUCGAUCUUCCAACUGGUAAUCGACGCGUCGUUUUACUAAAUGAACCGCCAACAGAUUUGAAUUUGAAGAAAAUGAUUGAGCAAAAUUUAGGCUAUGCUAUUCAAACCCAGCAUCUGAAGCUAAAGACUUACUAUAUCUUCGGCAGCAGGCGAACAGUCAACGGAGAUGUCAUCAAACUUUCAAUAACUAGUCAUACUUUGUUCUGGAAGUUAUCUGGAUCUUCAGAUCAAUGUCAUCCAAGUUCACUAUUGCCAUCAGCCACCGUCGCGGAAGCAAUCAGUUAUAUUGCAAACGAAUUAGCCAUACUUCCUUAUCGCAUUAGCGUGUUUUCUACAAUCACCCAUCAUUCGCUUGCCGAAAAACAACGUGCAUGUUCUUCGUAUGGAAUAGAGGCUGGUCAGAUCAUUGAAAUAAAAAUAUCUGAACCAGUUCAUCGACAAGUAUGCAUCAUACUUUCUACAGGCAAAAUAUUCCAAGUCGAUCUUACUGAUGACAUUUCCAUCUAUCAGCUGAAAACGAUUAUUCAGGACCAAGAAGGUAUUGAUGCUGAAUAUCAACAAAUUCUGAAAGGUGAUCAAGAACUCGGAAAUGAUGAAAUUAUUUACAACUGCCUUGCUGACUGGCACGAUCCAUUGAAUAUGAAAAUUAUGCUGAAAGGUCCACUUGCUCUUGAUCCCGCUUCACUCGCGCCUCACUUGGAUUAUGAUUUCACCAAUAUUGUUGAUACAGAUGAAGUAUUUAUCAGAGGCAAUUAUCCAUAUGAACGUCCCUAUGGCUGCAACCGCAUUGCACUCAACGUGGUUGGAAAGUACGGUUAUGAUGAUCGAUGGCUCGGAAUGGCAGGUAAUGAUUCAGAAGAAUGGCCAGUCUCCUAUCAUGGAACGGAAAAACACAACGCGAUGUGCAUUGCUGAGCAAAGCUUCAAGAUUAGCAAAGGUGACCGAUUCAAAUUCGGAAGAGGCAUUUAUUCGACACCUAAACUUGAAGUAGCCAAGCUCUUUGCGAAAGAGUUUGAGCACGAAGGGCAAAAAUACUUUGUUAUCUUUCAAAGUCGAGUCAAUCCAAAAU